GAAACGGCCGAUUUCACGAUCGCAACUUCACCUCGCGAACCUCUUGCUCGCGCGCCACUCCCCGCCUCCCUGUGAUACCGAACAGCACGGCGGAUUUUACUCCCUUUGGUCCCCCCCCCCUCCCCCCUUUAGUGAGAAGGACUGGAUAAAGCGCCGCCAAGAUGAGCGGUCUCGCGUCCAAGCAGCAGUCGCUCAAGAUCUUUGAGAAGCUGAAGACGAAGCCGGCCAACAAGGUCUGCUUCGACUGCGGCCAGAAGAACCCGACUUGGACCUCGGUCCCCUUUGGAAUCUACCUAUGCCUCGACUGCUCCGCCAAUCACCGCAACCUCGGCGUCCACAUCUCCUUUGUUCGGUCUACCAACCUCGACCAAUGGCAAUGGGACCAGUUGCGCAUCAUGAAAGUUGGCGGCAAUGAGUCGGCCACCAAGUUCUUCCAGUCCAACGGCGGCUCGGCCGCGCUGAACAGCAAGGACCCCAAGACCAAGUACACGUCGGCCGUGGCGACAAAGUACAAGGAAGAGCUCAAGAAGAGGGCGGCGAGGGAUGCCAAGGAGUACCCCGAGGAGGUGGUCAUCACCGACGGCGUCGAGGGCGGCGAGAGCGGCAGCACUCCCGCGGAAGAGGAGGAUGAUUUCUUCUCCUCGUGGAGCCGGCCCGCCGUUAAGAAGCUGAGCCCGCCCAUCUCCCGAACGGCCACGCCCCCGGUUGUCGGGCGCACCCCGUCCCCCCUGGCGGGCGGACAGAACGGCAAGGACGCCGGCGCGCCCGCUCCUUCACCGCUCGGCAAGGACGACGAGGGCGAGGCGAAGCCGGCGGCCGCCCCCGCCACCCGCAUCACCACCUCGGCCGCGCUCAAGUCCAAGACGACGGGCCCGCGCAAGACCAACAUUCUCGGGGCCAAGAAGGCGACGUCGAAGCUGGGCGCCAAGAAGCUCGGGAGCGACGUGGCGAUCGACUUUGACGAGGCUGAGAAGAAGGCGAAGGAGGAGGCGGAGCGGAUCGAGAAGCUCGGGUACGAUCCCAACGCCGAGGAGGAGGAGGUGGCGCCGGCACCCAAGGCGGCCGCGGGCGGCGGCGGCAGCAAGACCGAGUCGGCCGUCGUGUCCCCCUCGCCCGCCAGCCCCGCGCGGACCGGCUACGGGUCCUCGCGGGUGCGCGAGAAGUCGGCGGCCGAGGUCGAGCGCCUCGGCAUGGGCAUCGGCCGGCUGGGCUUCGGGCAGGUUGGCAGGCCCGCGGUCGCGAAGAAGGGCGCCGGCGGGUUCGGCUCGGUUGGGCCCAUCAAGGCGUCUGCUCAAGACGACGAUGGCGAGAACUACGCGCAAAGGAAGUUUGGCAACCAAAAGGCCAUCUCGUCGGACGAGUUCUUCGGCAAGGGCAUGUUCGACUCGGCGGCCCAGGCCGAGGCCAAGUCGCGGCUGCAGGGGUUCGAGGGCGCCCAGGCCAUCUCGAGCAACGCCUACUUCGGCCGCCCCGAGUCGGACGAGGGCGUCGGCGCCGGCGACGACUACGGCGAUCUCGAGAGCGCCGCCAAGGACUUUGUCCGGCGGUUCGGCAUCACCGCCGCCGACGACCUCGAGAACCUGACGCACCUGCUCGGCGAGGGCGCCGGGCGGCUGCAGGGUGCUGUUCGGGCUUAUCUGGGGAACUGAAACCGAGAGCAAAGCAAGCAAGCAAACAAGCAAGCAAACAAGCAAGCAAUGGGAGAACGAGGCGAUCAGAUGGAGAGCUGGAUUGGCGAGUGGGGAGACAUAACAAUGGGGGUGCUGGGUGCCCAGGGUCGGUCGGUAAACCAAGUGAGUGGACGAGU